GGUUCUUGAAUAUCGGUUGGACUCCUGGAAGGAACCGGUCCUGUCCCCUCUCUUCGACCCCAGGACGAUUGAGUGGGGUGGGAAGGGGGCAUUCUCCUAGUCCUGACCCCCGUCCCCUUCACUCGCAAGCGGUAGAGGUCCCGUGGAAUUCGUGCCGAUUCCGUUGUUGCCGGAUUUUGAGACCAAUCUGUGUGCGCUCUUUUUGGAAACUCGGAGUUAAUUGGUUUACCGGGAGGCGGAAAGUGAAAAAAAAAACGAAAUGAAACUAAGAGUGAGCUGACAGGCGCAAAACGUGCAGUGUUAGUUCAGUGAGUGGUGUGAUGAAAUGUGACGUGAACGCGGCAUCGGGACGAUGAUAGAAUGCGAGGAGCAGCGAUGCGGCAGUGCGGGCCCACAGAUCCUCGGGGGGCGGCGCAAACUGGAGGACGAGGACGUGCCGCCCCCGGAGUUGCCCCCGCGCCCCCAGCUCUGCCCCAGGCACCCCGACCGGCCCCAUCAGGCCUCCAUCGAAGCCCACCUCUCCAAGAAAAGGCUUAGAAAAUACGUUUUUCUCUGUACAGUAUGUGGGGGACUGGCCUCACUCCUUGGUGGCCUAUUCCUCGGUGUAUACCUCAUAUUGAGGUCCUACACGUCUUCGCUGGAUUACUUUGAAACCAUCCCAACUUACAUACCAGCAGCCAUGUUAUUGCUCACUGGUUUAGGAAUUAUGUGCUUAGCUAGGAGAAAGAACAGAUAUGCAGUUUUGAUCAAAUUAUGCGGCGUAUGCUGUUUGAUAUGUGCUGCCACUUGCGUUCUUGUCACUGUAACAACAACAGUGAUCCAUAUGAGCAGGCUUCAGUCACUCAGAGAAUGUGUCUACACGACGAAAACACAAACCUGCACGUGCUAUUCAAUGCUAUUGGAAAGCGCAGCUGACAGGACUGAAGAAGGGGCGCAUUAUGUAUUCAACUCCACACCAGACUGUGAAGUAAUUCAUGGUGCACUUUAUUCCUGUCUAAGGGCAAUGUUUGGACUUUCAGUCAUCGGCAUAUUAGUCUGCAUUUUCUGCUGCAUGCUAGUCUACCAGUUACUAAGCCAUGAGCGAAAGAAAAUGUACUGGGAACAGCUGGAAUUGCGAUGCCGAUAUCUUUAUGGCCAGCCUAGAAACCAGGCAGUUAUCAAUCCACCACAAAGAUGUAGCCAUUGUGCUUGCUCGCAACAAUUCCGAUUCCCCGUCGAAAGCACUUUUGAAAACAGACUUUGGGCCAGUGGGAGAAUCGGUAACCUGUACUCGCCGAACCCUGUCGGCGAUGAGCCACCUCAGAGUAGCGGCUGGGCAUGGAGGCUUCCAUGGUCGAGAUCCGACAAUUCGCACCAAACCACGCCGGCCACACAAAACAGGGAGACAGUGCCGUAUAAUCAACCUUUGAAUUGUUCAAGCCCUGAUUCCCAAUAUGGUUUCACAACUCAGGGGGUUGCGACAGUGUCUUCGGCUACUUCGGCAUCAUACACGAUGAUAGAAACACCACCAACUCAGGUGUACCAAUGGGGUCCUCCACCGCCUUACUCGGAUCCAAACAGUCCAAGGAGACUUUGUCCUUCUGUGACUCACAACUGUGCAAGCAGGCAGAGCCAUGUGCAGGAGACUUACCAUAAUCUCCAAGAAGUGGAACAUGAGGAACCGAGGUCCGCCAGAGGAAGGAGGAUUGGUGACUCUUGCUCUUCCUCCGCCAAGUCUGAAGAAAGAAACAACCAAAGGAUGGAGGAGGUUGUAUCCCCAAGGAUAAAAUACCUCCGCCAGACAAAUCCGACUCCAAGAAAAAGAGCAGAACUUUCAGAGUCUGAAGUUUAUUUUGCAGACGUCUCAAGUUGCUGCAAUGGUUCAGUGAGAAAUGAUUCGCUUUUGUACGAUGAACCUGUGACACCAGAGCAAGAAAUCAACAAACUCCGACCACAGGCGCAUCCUUAUAGAAAAGAUACACCGAUAAAACAGCCUCGUUAUGUGCCAGAUAAGAGCUUCCAUGUACAGAUGCAAGAAAAUAAAGAAUUCCAAAAAAUCCCUGAAGAAAGAGGCUCACCAGAGGCAUAUUCUGAAAUGGCCCAUGAUGGAUCAGAAGAGGAUGACCCGGAGCUUGUUAGUUUCAGCCAAAGGAACGAAGGAAGAAAUAGAAUAACCGAUCUCUCAAGAUCACAGUGUAGAAAUAGAAUGGACCUUUCACAAAUGAAUCAAGAUUUUCCUUCGCCCAUGUCAAUUUCAUCCCCUUCGACUGGAAGUAAAGACUAUUUCCCCGAUGUCGCCAAUUCAGACAAUGGCUCUGCGAAUUCUGUCUGGAGUGGCUGUUCUCCAGAUUUCCUCGCACCUGAUGCUCAGUAUGAAGCGAUUCCUGAGCACAGACUGAGAAACGAAGGAAUAAACUCAACACCGAAAUUUUCACCUUCUAAGCGAAAAGGCUUGCAAGAUUGGCACAACUACCAGGAACCAGAACCGAUAUUGUUUACACAGAAUGUCAACAGCAUAAGAGCAGAGAAAAUCAGGGAUAAAAGAAAUGCUGUCAAUUCACCUAAACUGAGAAGGGAAGAGAAGCCUUGCUCAUUUGAACAGGCCCUGAGUAGUCUUGAGUCAGACAUAUCCGAAUUGAGAAAUGCCACUCGCUAUGACAAACGUGACAGAGAACUGAAUGUGAAAAAUCCGAUAAUAUCUCCCACCAAAUACGACAACAAAAUUUUAGACAGUCCUUUAUCUAAAUUCGACAAGUGUGGGAACUUGCCUCAGAGUUAUUAUGAGGACCAUUUAUCCAGUCCUUCAGAGAGCUUCCAAAGAUAUUCAAACUCUGAUAGCCUCCAAUCACCGAGGCACCACUACGAAGAAAUCAGGGAUCAUAUGAAUUCCCCUGAAUACGAAUCUUGCAGUACCCCUCGAAGCAAAUCCAGGCCCCAUCUUCAUUCUUCCCAGGAUUUUUGCUUGAGCAACAAGAAAGAUCCAAUGACAAUAAACAACACUGUUGAUUCCCCAAAAUUAUUCGAGAAGCGUCUAUUUACUAGCACCGCACUCCGAGGUUCGCCUGAAUGUAUAGCAUUAGUAGACGAAUCUCAGUGUUCCCACAAUGACUCGUCAUGCAGAUGUUCUCUAAAUCUAAAUAAAUGUGUGACCGAUGAUCCUAACCACUAGCAUUUGUUGAAACAUUUUGGCUUUUAUAUAUUUGCAAAGGUCCAAAAGGCUUGAAAAUUGUGAUGAUUAUAUUUUAAUGUUAUUGACAGAUUAUUAGUAUUAACUUUUAAUGGACUCGUACCUGAUGUUUAUCUCUUUAUAAUCAUGGGUCUUAUGAUUUUAAUUUAAAAAAAGUGGGAACAAUCCUCUCAAAAAUCAAUAAGAUCUAAUUCAAUUAUUUGAACCGGCAUAAUCUAUGUCGGAUGUGUACUGUAAGAUAAUGUAAAUAGAACAAGGCAUGUCAGGUUAAAUAUUUUGGUGUUAAUAAUUUUGAAUCAAAUAUUUUGUAUACACAUGUUGAAUAAUUGAAAAUUGCUGUUUUCGUUUGAAGACAAAAAUAAUAUUUGCAUUGUAUCAUAUGUGCCUUAGGCUUCAUAGGAAGUAUUACAAUAAACUUGCAAGUUAUUUUCAAAUGUUUAAAGUGAAAUUAAUUUGUACUAUUCAUAGUUUAUUAGAAGAAAAUUUUCA